AAAAAAACUAAUCUCUUUUAGAGCUACCUUUUGCAAUAAUCCACAAACCGCCGGCGGGUACUCCUUCGCGGAGGCGUCUUCUUGCUGCCUCGUCAAUUUGACAUAGAAGCCUUCUCCUCCUCCUUGGACGGACGGGGACUAUCCAACAGCAACUCUCGAUAUCUUCUCCACAUAUCCACGCCGGCGCCGUCCUCCUCUCACUGCAUGAAGAUGCAUUCUAUUUUCUUGCCAAAAGCGUUCAUCGUAUCCUCAUUUGGUGGAGUAUUUUCUGACCAUUUGUUGCAACGAGGUUCUAGUAAAUGCGACGGCAAGUACAUGUUUGAUGGUGGCAUAGUGAAGUUGUUUAGGAAUAAUUCCCUAAAUUUUGCCAGUAAAGCAGUGGUAGAUGAUAAUUGUAUUAUUAGCUCAAGGUGGCAUGGAUGUAUAGAUGAAGAGGAACUAUCGAGUGAGUCGUGCAACCGUUUGAUUCGUGACUAUUGUAAGGUAGGUGAUGUUGAUUCUGCUAUGUCUCUUCUUGCUCAUAUGGAGUCUGUAGGUCUUCAUGCCACUAUGACGUCUUACACUUAUUUGAUUGAAGCUCUUGGAAACGUUGGUAGAACUUUGGAAGCUGAUAUCAUAUUCCAGGAAAUGAUUAGUUUUGGCUGUAAGCCAAGAACAGUUGUCUGCAAUGCACUACUAAGAGGGUUUUUGAGAAAAGGCCUUUUAGAUCUUGCGUCUGGGGUUUUUGUAUUGAUGAGUGAUUUAGAUAUUAAAAAAAAUCAAGAAACUUAUGAAAUUCUCUUGGAUUAUCAUGUCAAUGCUGGACGGUUGGAAGAUACUUGGUCUAUUAUUAAUGAGAUGAAACGAAAAGGUUUUGAGUUGAACUCAUUUGUGUAUAGUAAAGUUAUUGUUAUAUAUCAAAACAAUGGCAUGUGGAAGAAAGCAGUGGGAAUUGUUGAUGAAAUAAGAAAAUCAGGGAUUUCUAUGGACAAACACAUUUACAACAGCAUCAUAGAUACAUUUGGGAAAUAUGGCCACUUGUCUGAGGCCUUAGAAGUGUUCAAAAGAAUGCAACAAGAUGGGGUAGUGCCUGAUAUAACAACUUGGAAUUCAUUGAUACAAUGGAACUGUAAAUCUGGGAACCUUGCUACUGCUCUUGAGUUAUUCACUGACAUGCAAGAACAGGGGAUGCAUCCAGAUCCUAAGAUCUUCAUUACUCUAAUAAGCUUCUUGGGUGAGCAGGGAAAGUGGGAUGUGAUCAAUCAGAAUCUUGAUAGUAUGAAGCUCAGAGGGCACAAGAAUAGUGUCCUAGUUUAUGAAAUUUUAGUAGAUAUUUAUGGGCAGUAUGGUCAAUUUCAGGAUGCUGAGAAGUGCAUAUCCGCUCUGAAGUCUGCAGGGCUUCUAGCAUCUUGUAGCAAUUUUUGCAUUAUAGCAAACGCUUUUGCUCAACAGGGGUUGUGUGAAGAGACAGUAAAAGUGCUUCAGCUCAUGGAAGCAGAAGGAAUUGAACCAAAUCUUGUAAUGCUGAAUGUACUGAUCAAUGCUUUUGCUGUUGCUGGUAGGCAUUCGGAAGCGUUAGCCAUUUAUCAUCAUAUAAUUGAAGUCGGUAUCAGUCCUGAUGUUAUAACCUACACCACCCUUAUGAAGGCAUUUAUUCGUGCAAAGAAGUUUGCUAAGGUCCCUGAAAUAUAUAAAGAAAUGGAAAGUGCUGGCUGCACGCCAGAUAGGAAGGCCAGAGAGAUGUUAAAAUCCGUAACAGCUAUUCUUGAACAAAGGCAUUACAGAUAAAAAGAAAUUAGCAGCCUUCUAAAAUAUUGAUUGAGGAAGUGAUACACACCAAGAAAAUAGAUCAUAAUGCCAGCAGUUUAUGACGAUAUCAAUGAAAGGCCAACCUUCAAUGGAUCCGGGGGAACUAAAGGAAUAUGGCAGUUUCUGGCGGUAAGUUUGAAGAUGAAACGAGGUUGAUCUUGCUUGUUGUAAAUAGUAAUGCAAUUCAACCAAUGAAAAAGCUCAUCCAAAUUAUAGAGCUCUGACACAGUCAAACUUGAACGAACAAACUGUUGAAUUGAAUCUUACCUGUCUUUACUAGAGCGUAACCACUUGAUGAAAUGGGGGAAGAAAGUGGGACAAAUGGCCAAGACAACUGCAAGGCUUUCUUAUUGGAUAAUAGGUACUGUAAUUGAUAUUCUAUGUCGGUUUAGUCAUCAUUACGAUAUUCUAUGGUCGGUUUAGUAAUUGAUAUUCUUUUAUUUUUCUUGAUGUUGUUUGAGUAUGAGAAUCGGUUUAGUAAUUGAUAUUCUUUUAUUUUUCUUGAUGUUGUUUGAGUAUGAGAAUCUUAUUCUCAAAACCCGGGGGAAAAUUAGAUGCCUACUUAGAUAAGAAUUGAGAAGUAGUCUGUUUAUUCCUCAAUUUUUCAUAUCAAGUGAAGUUUAUACUUCCUUCAACCAUCCUUUUAGUUGAAAGAAAAAUAAAAAUAAAAACAAUGUUUUAUUGAUAAACAAUAGAUUAAAACACAAGGAACAGAUUAGGACAAGGGUUGUGCAAAGAAAAAAUAGAGGAAAUAAAGGAAGAAUAAUCCAAGUUAGGAAGAAUAAUCCAAGUUUACUUUGUUAACAUUUCUACUCAAACCAUCAUGCUUUGGCCUAGUGGUAAAAGGAGACAUAGUUUCAAUAACUAACAUAGAGGUCAUGGCUUCAUUCAAUCCAAAUGUUGACACCCAAUUGUUGUAGGGUCAAACACCUAUCUAGAAAUUAAUUUUCUAUGAGUUUGCUUGACAACCAAAUGUUGUAGGGUCAAGUGGUGGCCACCUACCUAGAAUUUCCUAUGAGUUUUCAUAACACCCAAACAUUAUAGGGUCAUGUGGGUGUUCCUUGAAAUUAGUCGAUGUGCAUGUAAGCUGGUCCGAACACUCACAAAUACAAAAAAAAAAAAAAAA